UGAAUUCUUUUUUUGGCGGUUUGUGUUGUUGCUGCUGUUUCGUUUUCCUGACUAAAAAUGGGUGAAAUGUAGUUUAACAAAUGUGAAAUCCAACGUACAGUAUGGUUUGUAACUUUUGUAACACGUAACUCUCCCUCGACAGUGUUUGUUAAUGUACUAACCGUCCGUUAAAUGCAUUUUAACAAACUCAAAAUAAGUUAGCCGACGGUGAACUUUGUGCUAGCUAGCUAGCAGCUAACGCUAGCUAGCAGCUAACGCUAGCCAGGCUGGGUUUUUAACCAGUGGCCACCGAGACGGUCCCCUCUCUCUCACGGCUUUAUCCAACUGGGAACAAUGGCGAACCCGGCACUGUUGCAGAAAAAGAAUGGGAAAUAUCUGUGGUUUGCUCUUCUCGGACUCGGACUCCAACCGGACACCGCAGUGUCGUUAAUCCCCGGGAAAGUCAACGUCAAGCACAUCAACCUGGGACCGAAUAUGUUCGACAAACCAAACAAGGAUGCCUUCUACAUAGUAACCCAUUUCCUGUUGGAGAGACUCAACCCGACACGAUUUAACGAGACAUACAGGCACUGCUGGCCUGUUUUGAACCACAAAGCAGAUGCUGAGUUUCGUAAAGUUACCUGCGCUUGGCUGCGAGAAAUUACGGAUGAAACUGCAACGGCAGGAUCCAGAGUGGUGGCAUCCUUGUUCCUCUCACCCGGAGGUCCCAAGUUUAUCAGCCUGAUGCUUCAUUUGGCCAGUCACGUCAUGCUGCAAGAAAUGAAGACGUUCACUACAGAUGACAGCUGGGUCCCGGAGGCUGCAGCGAGUCCCGCUUCCUCCCUGGACGUGGCGGUGAAGAGGCUCAGCCUGGUUACGACCCGUUUUCUGAAAGCUGGAGUGAAUCAAGACCACUUUCUUCACGAGUACCAGAGGAAAGCACAGCUCCUGGUGAAGUCCAUACGGGACAUUGGAGCAGAAGGUGCCAAGUAUGAUGAGCGACUUAAGCUUCACAGCAGUGGAUCUACACAGGAGGCAGAUUCUUCCGCUGAGAAGACCCAAAUGGUGCGCUCCUUGUGGUCGGACGUUGAUAGAAUGCUGUCGACUAUCAAAGAGGAACAGCAUGCAGUGGAAAGUGUUUUGAAGGGGGAGGUGGAUCAAUAUGUCCUGGACGGGACAGAUCGAGUCCUCAACAUUCCUCGCAGUCUGCUGGAGAGGAUUGAACAGCUCCCACAUCCGUUGAGUUCAGGGAACGUGUACGAGGCGGGCCAGUUGAACGUCCUGUGUGUGUUGGAGCUGACGAAGCAUGCGCUGCAGCUCCUGAGGGAGGAGCGGUGUCGGGUCUCUCACGCCCCCAAGCCUCAGCUCAGUCCUCAGAUCCUGCAGGACAAAUGUCAGCAGAUGGCCCGUGCACUGCAGAACCUCCAACUAAUCAGACAGAGGAUUUCCAAGGAAGCAAUUCCUGAGGUCACGAGUACCAUCAGGGACUUGGAAGCUGCCUGGGACAGGAAGUGGAUGGAGACCCUGAAAGACACACCCCUACUAUCUUUUCUGAAUGAAGAUCCUGCUCUUGGCUUCCUGUCCCCAAUGGCUCCACUGUCUUUUGAACCAGCAGCUGACGCUAGUUACAGGAGCAGUGUCUUCUCUCAGUACCCUGCAACGCUUCUCGAGGAGAAGCCUGCAAAGAGUAAAUCACAGAAAGAUGCCCCCUCUAGUUCUUCUAAACCGAAGAGCCCUGCAACGGCUGAAAGGACUGAAAGUCCGGUUGUUGACGCCCAAGCGUCGUCAAAAGCAAAUACCUCUCUGGACUGGCUUUUUGACACACCGUCCCCUCCUCCGAGGGCUCCAUCUGUACCACCGCCGCAGGCUAGUGUGAGGAAGACGGCCCAUGUUGAUCAGAAGGGGACUCCCGUGAGGAACGAGACUCUGAUAUUGGACAUGGAAUGUGAUAACCUCGCUGAUCAGUUUGCAGAUGCUGUAACUACAACCAGUCCUCCAGAAAGCAGGGCCAAGAUUGUGGACUUGGAUGGCCUUCUUGGCACGCUUCAUAGAGGUCCCUUCUCUACUAGAAAGCAGCUGCCACGUACACCGGAGAGCUUGAUUCUUGAUGUUAAAAGCUCCUGGCGCAAGGCAGUUGAGGAAGACGAAGCUGAGAAAAUGGGGCGGUUGGCCAAGUUGAACGACAGCAUAGCAGGACGGCUCACUCCCUUCAAUGAGCACGAUGUGUUGCUGAGACCCGACGCUCCCUCCCAGAGUGGCUCCUGCCGUACGUCCCCUCCUCUCACGAGCCACAGCAGCCCCCCUGUCAGCCAGCAGGGAGUCUCCCUUAAAACCACUCUGUUCUGGGACACGUUUAACGCUGAGGCUCUCGAUAGCCCUAGUGGCACUGGCAGCAGUGCGGUCCAGUUCAGCCUCGAUCAUGAAACACUCCCUGAAACGUCGAGCUGUGACAGUCUGCUGAGCCUCGACGAUGAAGCACUGGAUUUGAAGAGGAAGGAGGAUGAUGAUGAACUCCUAAUCUCCUCCCUGAAGACUCAGGUGAUGCAAUCGGCACUAACACCAGGUCACCUGGGUCAGAUCCAGCAGGCUGGGGAUGACUGCUCCUUAACGGAAGGCAGGAAGAGGACACCUGAGUGUCUCCUGUCGGGACUCACGGUCUCUGGUCUGGACAAAGACUGGCUAAUGGAGCCUGUGAAAUUAGUGGAAGCUACAGACAAGGUCUUCUCUCUGGAUCUAGACACAUUGGAGACUCCUUCACCCCCAAAGAAGCAGGAGUACAGCCUCCCAAAACUGAUCACAUUCUCCCCAAUAGAUGACAUGAAGUGUUAACUUCACUCAGGUCCAGACCACUUUUAAUCCUCGACAGUCGACUGUCCCUAUUUUCAAUAGAACUGUAACAAAUUUGCACAUAACCUACUUUUGUCACACUUUCUUUUCUGUGCCAAGUUUUUAUUUAAAAAGACAUGAACUGCUUAAUAAAAUUGCAAGAUAUUGCUCAUUCCCUUGUCUAUUUCUGUAUAUACAUGUACCUGGAUAGGAGCGCAAUUUGGAACUUUAUUUCCAUGUUGGGUAACUGUUUUAUAUCAAUGACAAGCUCUUCUGCCUCUAACAUCUGCAUUGCACCGUUGUUUCUAACCACACAAUGUCUUGAAGUAGAUGUAAAUGUCUAGGUGUAGGUGUGUGACCAAUGUGAAAGGGACCAUGGUCUCAGGUACAAUAAAGUUGGGACUUUCUUGAA